AUGUCUCCUCUGAAGAUACACGGUCCUAUCAGAAUUCGAAGUAUGCAGACUGGAAUUACAAAAUGGAAAGAAGGGUCCUUUGAAAUUGUGGAAAAAGAGAAUAAAGUCAGCCUAGUAGUUCACUACAACACUGGAGGAAUUCCAAGGAUAUUUCAGCUAAGUCAUAACAUUAAAAAUGUGGUGCUUCGACCCAGUGGAGCAAAACAAAGCCGCCUAAUGUUAACUCUACAGGAUAACAGCUUCUUGUCUAUUGACAAAGUACCAAGUAAGGAUGCAGAGGAAAUGAGGUUGUUUCUAGAUGCAGUCCAUCAAAACAGACUUCAUGCAGCCAUGAAACCUUCUCAGGGGUCUGGUAGUUUUGGAGCUAUUCUGGGCAGUAGGACUUCACAGAAGGAAACCAACAGGCAGCUUUCUUACUCAGACAAUCAGGCAUCUUCAAAAAGAGGAAGUUUGGAAACUAAAGAUGAUAUUCCAUUUCGAAAAGUUCUUGGUAAUCCAGGUAGAGGGUCAAUUAAGACUGCAACAGGAAGUGGACUACCUGUCACCCGGACAAUUCCCUCUUUGACAUCUACAUCAACCCCUCUUAGAUCAGGGUUAUUAGAAAAUAGGACUGAAAAGAGGAAAAGGAUGUUAUCUGGCUCAGAGUUGAGUGAAGAUUACCCUAAGGAAAAUGAUUCAUCAUCGAACAACAAGGCCAUGACAGAUCCCUCCAGAAAGUAUUUAACCAGCAGCAGAGAGAAGCAGCUGAGUUUGAAACAGUCAGAAGAGAAUAGGACAUCAGGGCUUUUACCUUUACAGUCAUCAUCCUUUUAUGGCAGCAGAACUGGAUCUAAGGACUACUCCUCUGGUAGCACUAACUUAGACAGGACCAAUGUUUCAAGCCAAACUCCCUCUGCCAAAAGAAGUUUGGGAUUUCUUCCUCAACCAGCUCCUCUUUCUGUUAAAAAACUGAGGUGUAACCAGGAUUACACUGGCUGGAACAAACCAAGAGUGCCCCUUUCCUCUCACCAACAGCAGCAACUUCAGGGCUUCUCCAAUUUGGGAAAUACCUGCUAUAUGAAUGCUAUUUUACAGUCUCUGUUUUCACUUCAAUCAUUUGCAAAUGACUUGCUUAAGCAAGGUAUCCCAUGGAAGAAAAUUCCACUCAAUGCACUUAUCAGACGCUUUGCACACUUGCUUGUUAAAAAAGAUAUCUGUAAUUCAGAGACCAAAAAAGAUUUACUCAAGAAGGUUAAAAAUGCCAUUUCAGCUACGGCAGAGAGAUUCUCUGGUUAUAUGCAGAAUGAUGCUCAUGAAUUUUUAAGUCAAUGCUUAGACCAGCUGAAAGAGGACAUGGAAAAGUUAAAUAAAACUUGGAAGACUGAACCUGUUCCUGGAGAAGAAAAUUCGUCAGAUAUUUCAGCCACAAGGGUGUACACUUGCCCUGUUAUUACUAACUUGGAGUUUGAGGUUCAGCACUCCAUCAUCUGUAAAGCAUGUGGAGAAAUUAUUCCCAAAAGAGAACAGUUUAAUGACCUCUCCAUUGACCUUCCUCGAAGGAAAAAGCCACUCCCUCCUCGUUCAAUUCAAGAUUCUCUUGAUCUUUUCUUUAGGGCAGAAGAACUUGAGUAUUCCUGUGAGAAGUGUGGUGGGAAGUGUGCUCUUGUCAGGCACAAAUUUAACAGGCUACCCAGGAUCCUCAUUCUUCAUUUAAAACGAUACAGCUUCAAUGUCACUCUCUCACUUAACAACAAGAUUGGGCAGCAAGUCAUCAUUCCAAGAUACCUGACCCUAUCUUCUCAUUGCACUGAAAAUACAAAACCACCCUUCACCCUUGGUUGGAGUGCACAUAUGGCAAUUUCUAGACCAUUGAAAGCCUCUCAAAUGGUGAAUUCCUGCAUCACCAGCCCUUCUACACCUUCAAAGAAUUUCACCUUCAAAUCCAAGAGCUUGGCUUUAUGCCUUGAUUCAGACAGUGAGGAUGAGCUAAAACGCUCUGUGGCCCUUAGCCAGAGACUUUGUGAAAUGUCAGGCUGCGAACAGCAGCAGGAAGACCUGGAAAAAGAUUCAAAAUCAUGUAGAAUAGAGCCUGAUAAGUCUGAAUUGGAAAACUCCGGAUUUGACGGAAUGAGCGAAGAAGAGCUUCUAGCAGCUGUUUUAGAGAUGAGUAAGAGAGAAGCUUCACCAACUCUGAGUCAUGAAGAUGAUGAUAAACCAACCAGCAGCCCAGAUACUGGAUUUGCAGAAGAUGAUAUUCAAGAAAUGCCUGAAAAUCAAGACACUGUGGAGACUGAGAAGCCCAAAACAGUCACAGAGACCGAGUCUGCCGGUUUUACUGAGAUAACUAAAGACUGUGAUGAGAAUAAAGAAAACAAAACUCCAGAAGGAUCUCAAGGAGAGGUCGAUUGGCUCCAGCAGUAUGAUAUGGAGCGUGAAAGGGAAGAGCAAGAGCUUCAGCAGGCAUUGGCUCAGAGCCUUCAAGAGCAAGAAGCUUGGGAACAGAAAGAAGAUGAUGACCUCAAAAGAGCAACAGAGUUAAGUCUUCAAGAGUUUAACAACUCUUUUCUGGAUUCGUUGGGUUCCGAUGAGGACUCUGGCAAUGAGGAUGUUUUAGACAUGGAGUACACAGAAGCGGAGGCGGAGGAACUAAAAAGAAAUGCAGAGACAGGAAAUCUUCCUCAUUCUUAUCGACUCAUUAGUGUUGUCAGUCACAUUGGUAGCACCUCUUCUUCAGGUCAUUACAUUAGUGAUGUGUACGACAUUAAGAAGCAGGCAUGGUUUACUUACAAUGAUCUCGAGGUAUCUAAAAUCCAGGAGGCUUCUGUGCAGAGUGAUCGGGACCGGAGUGGUUAUAUCUUCUUUUAUAUGCACAAGGAGAUCUUUGAUGAGCUGCUGGAAACGGAAAAGAAUUCUCAGGCACUUAGCAUGGAAGUGGGGAAGACCACUCGUCAGGCCUUGUGAGGAACAAACUCCUGGGUUGGCAGUGUGCACUGCUUAUUCCCUCUUACUGCUGCCCACCUCACCUUUCCUCUGCCCAAGGAGAAUUUGGAAUUCUACUUGAUGCGGGAGCAACAAACAGCUCAGGGCCAAACCAAAAGACGAAAAUUGCAAUUAUGUGGAACGCUCCAUGCUAAUUGUUUUAUGGAAACUUUGGUCUCACAUCUGUAGCUGAUUAUCCUCUUUUUCUCCUACAAGAGUGGCACUUCCUUUUUUCUUAGGAAUACAUGUUGUAAAUAAUAUAUAUAUGUACAUACACACACGCACACACAUGUAUGUGGAAUGAAUGGAGCCUUAAAGAGUUAGGAUGAGCCACCAUAGUAUUCCUGUUCAAAAUUAAUAGCACAGCAGUUUGGAGAAGAAAUGAAGGUGUCAAAGAGUCCAUUCACCUGAGAGAUGUGUAAAGAUGUACAUAUCGGUUGGCAUUUAGUUUUUCUGUUCCUUGAGUAGUUUCACUCAAGUCUAUAAUCUUUCACAUGUGUUUCUUAUUAGUAAAGUUCACUGGAAAGCCAGCUCUCCAUGUUACACUAAUGACAGUUUGUCCUCCUUGCAAGGGAGAGGCAUUUCUGCCACCUGACGUGAGAAGCUUUUUUUUUUUUUAAUUACUUCAUGGAUUUGUAAUGCUUUUGCUGUUUACAUGCAGUCCCAAGAAAUGGAUUGUUGGUGCUUUGGAAUGGGUUAUGGUCCCCCAUUUGGUAUUCAUUGAACACUUUGUAUUUUCUUUAAAAGAGAUCCCUUCACACAGUAUAUUCAUCUGUAUUAUUGUAGUGAAGACAGAAUCUUUUCUUUUUCUUCUGUAUCAUUCUUCCAUGGAGCAAGCAUUACCCUAAUAGAUUGCAACCAAAAUUUUAAGAGGUAAGAAAAUAAUAUCCCAAUUGGGAUUCCCCAGCAAGG